AUGGCUACCGAUAUUAUCCAGGCACACGAUGCCUCGUCUCCAUCAAGCUAUGACCGCGACAGCAAGACGCCAGUUCAGACGGUACUUGAGGACAGCGGCUAUGUCGACCCCAAAGAAGAGAGAGCGUUUGUUUGGAGACUUGAUCUUGGGUUUUUGGUCAUUGGGUUCCUGGGAUACAUGUUCAAGUACAUUGACCAGACCAAUAUUAGCAAUGCCUAUGUGUCGGGCAUGAAGGAGGAUCUUUCCCUCUACGGCAACGAGCUCAACUUUUUUACCACUUAUUUCAAUAUCGGUUACAUCAUAAUGCUUUGGCCGUCUUGCAUUAUUAUCUCGCAUAUUGGCCCUUCAAAGUGGCUGCCAGCCUGUGAGGUACGGAAUAAGACACCAAUCAUGCCGUCGUCCAUGGACUCUUCUAACAUUCGAGCAGUCACCAACCACAAUCAGGUUUGGAUAAUCUGUCAAUCUACAAAUUCCUUCAAACAACUAACCGUUUACCAGGUCUACGGCCUUCGGUUCCUCAUUGGCUUCUUCGAGGGAACUACCUGGCCUGCGUACUUCACCAUGAUCAGCCAAUGGUAUCUCCCACACGAGGUAGCUCUACGGAUGAGUCUAUACAACAUCGCUCAACCCGCUGGUGCCAUGAUCUCUGGUGCCAUGCAGGGAGGGUUGUCAACCAACAUGGAGGGCGUUCUAGGCCGUGCGGGAUGGCGUUGGACCUUUAUCAUCAAUGGAGUCUGCACAAUUGCUGUGGCUCUGGUGGCCUUUUUCCUGCUCCCGGGAUACCCCGAGAGCCCAAAUCGUCUUGCAAAGUUCUAUCUUAAGCCUCGCCACAUCGAAAUCGCCCUUGCCCGUGCUCGUCGAGUCAACCGAAAGCCUCAGAUAGGCAUUACCCCAAAGAGCUUUUUGCGAUGCUUCACGUUCUGGCAACUGUGGGCGAUCGGAAUUGCGUGGCCCAUUGGUGGCAAUUUCACUCCAUCCAACUACUACAACCUCUGGCUGAAGUCUCUCAAGAACCCUGAUGGGACUAAGAAAUAUACCGUUGCGAUGCUGAACUACCUGCCAAUUAUCGGACAAGCGGCCCAGCUGGCUGCUGAAGUCAUUUAUAGCAGUGCGAGCGAUUACUUUGGCAAGCGUCUACCAUUCUUGCUCGUACAUUCUACUGUCAAUAUUACGUCCCUGGCUAUUCUCAUCGUUAGGCCCAAGAACGAACGACUGUACAUGGCUGGCUGGUACAUGAAUUAUACAGGAGCCGUGUCAAUGAUGCUGUUAUGUUCCUGGGCCUCGGAGAACCUGCCCCACGAACCUCAAGUCCGAACAGUGCUCUUCGCAUCUGGAACUCUGUUUGCUUACCUCCUCAGUGCUUUUGUGCCUCUUGCAGCUUAUCCUGCAUCCGAAGCACCCAACUGGCGCAUUGGAGCCAAACUCUACGUCGGGUUUGCCACAUUCGCCGUCUUCCUGUACAUCGCCAUUUACUUUGGCUUCAGGUGGGAGAAGAAGCGAGCCAAGAAGCAAGGGCAGCUGACCACUGGCACAAACAAGGAUGAUGCUGAGCCUGGGUCCGAGUAG